GAGAAGAAGCAUGGGGGCGGUGGCUGCUCUGCUACGGCCGCCAUCACCAUCCGUCCCAUCCUAUAGUAAACUCCGAAGCAGCAGUCCCCAAUCUGUCUCCAUGUGUGUUAGUUAGGACCGUGUUUUACCGGUGCUUGCUACUCCAAGUUGGUAGUAACACCGACAUUUCUGCCUUGCCCGCUCUCUACGAUGCCCUAGCAUCAGCUCCCGAUUACCAUCGCACUUCCCUCGUUCCUUUCUUCUCUCCGUCUUUUUCCCGCUAUUCUUUCCCUCCAGUCUGCCUCCGUAAGUGUGUGUUUUUUGCUUCGGUGCGUGGGAAAACGCGUACGCGAAUGAAAAGAAUCGGUAGAAAAGGAAAAGGCGGUGGAGGAGGAAGCGGCAGAAGAAGAGCAGCAUAUCGCUUUUUGCACAAAUCGUUUCCAAGGAUAUAACUAGUGCACGCUGCUUUCCUCUAGUUUUCGUUGUUCUUUUCGUUUAUCUUGGUUUAUUAAGAGAGAGUGUAUAGUGUAAUUAGUUAGGAAAUCCUUAGUGUAUCGCACCAUAUUAUAUUCGUUCUUCGAUACUUGUUUGUGACAUCUGAGCAAUUUUUCAAACAACGAGCGAGAAGAAUCAACACAAAAGGAUAAUCAAAAGAAGAUUUUUUUGUAUGGACGCGAAAUUAAAUAAAUCUACAUACGAUAAAGCAUGCUAUACUUGAGGAUGUAAAAGAAAUAAAUAAAAUUUCAUUAUCUAUUCUUCCGUUUAAAAAAUCCUUCAAAAAGUCUCAAAAAGAUUGUCGUAAUUAUCGACCUUUGACAUAUACGACGAAACGGACAUCGAAAAUCCAACAAGACUAAAACGCGUCCCACCCAAUCGGUUCUCUCGAAUCAUCGUCACUUAUCGGACGAGGGGAACGAAGGAACGAAUGAACUAUCCGUGGACCUCAGCGCUGCCGCCCGCUGGAAUUUCUCCUGUCGUCGUCUGCACAUAACCUCUCUCUUUCCCUCAUCUUUUGGCUGCUCUCUUCACUACCUCUCACCUCUGUCCCUAUUAUCACUUUAUCGCUCCUUUUCUGUCUCUUUCAUAUUUAAAACUUGGCUUAUUCGUCUAUUUCGCAUUAAAGAGAAGAAACGUGAUCAACAUUCCUGUGUUUCGUUGAACUCGUUGUGCGCGCGGUGAUACGAUUGCUUUUAAUGAUUGCGGUCGCAACAAAUGCUGAUCAUUUGUGCUUGUCAUAUGAUUUGAGCCGUUCACCGGUAUAUGGAUAUCUGAAUACCGAUACUCAAUCAUCGGUGAUGAAGACGCAACGAUAAUAUUCACUUGAUUCUUAUAUAUAUACGAAGCAACCGGUCAUAACUGUACGUAACCUAAAAGCAAACGAAAGACAGAACAAGAGAUGACAUUAAACAAAUGUGCACUGGAACGGUGGAUGUGAAAUAACAUUUGGAUUUGUUGUUUCGAAAGCACACGACGCAUCGUGCUGACUAUUUUUCUCUGUUGUUUCAUCAUUAAACUGUUGCACGAACGGACGUUAAGACCUGUAUUUCGUAUCUAUGUUCUCCGAUACGAGACCAGGCGAUUACUUCGUAUCGACAACCUAUUUAUCGAUCGAUUCAACAGAAAAACGGGAAGUAGUACAACCAUGCGUUGCUGUACCUUGAUACGUCACAGAUCACGCUGGACGAAUUCUUGAGCGGGAUCACAAGACGUGCUGCGGCUAUAGAAUUAUUCAACCUGGCGGAAUCGUCGAAGAAACGCAAGACGUACCUCAGGGAGCAUUGGCUCGCGCUCACGCGAAUAUGAGCAUGACUCUCGUCCGGAAUACGUUCAAAGGUUGCAGCGAGGACGAGGCAGCAGGUGUCGUGAACGCGGAGGUGGGCGGAGGUUGCACGGCUGGGGCGCCAACCACAGGAAGUGGGGGUGGAGGUGGCAGCGGGACAGGUAGCGAGGCUGGUAGUGGUGGUGGAGGCGGUGGUGGAGCAGGAGCAGGAACAGGAGGAGGAGGUGGGGGUGGUGGCCGUGGCAGCGGUGAGGGCGGAUCGACGAAACAGGGUGGCGAGAGGUGUCCCCAGUGCGGCUUCCUCUGUCGGGACGUCCACGUGCUUCAGCUCCAUCUCGAGGACACGCACAAGACCUCGUACGCCAUCGACAAGAACGAUCUCAACGCUCAAUUCCCCCAAGUGUCCUGCAAGGUGUGCAGCAAAACCUUCGCCAACGUCUACCGACUCCAGAGACACAUGAUCAGCCAUGAUGAGAGUGCUGUGCUUCGUAAGUUUAAGUGUCCCCAUUGCGAGAAAGCCUUCAAGUUUAAGCAUCACCUCAAGGAGCACCUUCGCAUUCAUAGCGGUGAAAAGCCAUUCCAAUGUAACAACUGCGGCAAACGUUUUUCCCAUUCGGGCUCGUAUUCGAGUCACAUGACCUCGAAGAAGUGCCUGAUAGUGAAUUUAAAGAAAUCCAGGCAUACGAAUGUGAGCAACGUGGACCGCGGAUCGAAAAAGGCGCAACAAUCCCUGCCGCCGGGGCGGCGCGAUGUCGAUCUGCUUGCGGCGAAUAAUAACACUUUCCUCCCUAUUCUGCCGAAGCUUUCACCCUCGGAUUAUCAGGAGAUACAACGAGAAGGAGCGGGUAUUUACGAUAUGCCUACCCUUCUGCCACAAAUGAUGGGUUUCGGCAGUUAUUUUCUGCAGACGUCCUUGGGCAAAAUCUUAAAUCAGCUACAUUCCAAGAGAUUGGACGAGGUAGCCGAGCAAUUCGAGUCUCAUCGGGAACUUAUGAGCCCGUCGACAGCGGAUUCUGAGGGCACAGAGGGCACAGAGGGCAAAGAAUCUCCGGCACCCACCGAUCCUCAGGGUCUGGACGCAGUUCGGCGUAUUCUCGAAACGGUGAACACCUCUGUAACGAAACAACUGCUCGAGGCGAACGUGCGGAAAUUAUCCACAUCGCCGGCCACGAUGAAACGGGAGUUUGAGGAGGAUUAUCAAGAUCAAGACAGCGAGAUGUCCAGCGAGAUGGCACAUUAUCCAGAUUGGUCAGCGACGGAUCAAUAUGAUUCGCAGAGUGAAGGUUUAGCGGCGAAACUCGAAGACGUGAAUCAGCCCAAUGCGAAAUCAGGCUAUAAGAGAAAAACAACAGAGGAUAGUUCGGAGGCGGACUCAGAGGACGAAGAAGAUGGUACACAGAUGCACAACGAUAAUGGAAGGAGAGUUAGAGCUAGAUCAUUAAUAGACGAUGAACAAUUGGCUGUUCUCAAGGGUUACUAUGCUAUUAAUCCUCGGCCUAAGAAAGAGGAGAUCACCAUGAUCGCCAACUACAUCAAUUUUCCUACUCGUGUCGUGCAGGUUUGGUUCCAAAAUUCCCGAGCGAGAGAUCGACGAGAAUCGAAAAUACCACCUCUAGUACCGUUGGCUAAUCCGGCUAGUCAGACAAUAUACGAACAACCAUUAGAUUUGUCUAAGAAAGAAGCUCUUACAGAAUCGGUACGCAAAGACAAUAACACUGUCUGUGUAAAGUUCACAUCUUCGUCUCCUGUUGAACAGAAGAACGAUAAUGCAUCUUCGCAUAAUCAAGACGCGGAUGAUUUGGAGGAUUCGCCACUUGUUAUUGAUGAAGAAACUACCGAUUCUGUAGAAACAAAACGUACGGUCUCAACGGCAGAAAUUGUUCCAAAGAGUCAACCUCAAAUAAAUAUGAAAAACGAAAGUGAAAAUACGAGUCAACCAGAGGCUUCGCCAGCAGCAGAAAUUGAGCAGGGUGUCUACUUUUGUGAUCGCUGUGACAAAACAUUUUCCAAACACAGUUCCCUAGCAAGACACAAAUAUGAACAUUCCGGGCAAAGGCCGUACAAAUGCGUAGAGUGCCCAAGGGCGUUCAAGCACAAGCAUCAUCUGACCGAACAUAAGCGAUUGCACAGCGGCGAAAAACCCUUCCAAUGCUCCAAAUGUCUCAAGCGCUUUUCUCACUCUGGCUCCUAUAGUCAACACAUGAAUCAUCGUUACUCUUACUGCAAGCCAUAUAGAGAAUAGAAAUAUUCUCGCUAGUUGAAAAUGAAGAUUCUCUCGCUGACUUAGCUAAGUAUGUACGGUCUUUUUUUCCUUUCUUAAUACAGGAUUCGGCAUUUAAAAAAAAAGAAAAAAAAAAAAAAAGAAAUGCUUCGAACCGUAAUAAUUAUACGUAUAUCAUACGUAUAUUAUAUGUAUAUUUUCCAUCAAUGCGGAAAUUAUAUUAAAAAAAUGGAAAAUAGCUUCGAAAUUUUCCAUACAAGAUCUCGCGCACGCAUUUUAAAAUCGUGAAAACGCUUGCGUGAAACGCAACAAAUAAUUAAAGCCUAAAAAUAUUAAUAUUUAGCUGGAAAAGAUUGAAGGAGAUUAUGAAAAGAAACAGUGCGAUUUCUAAGAGAAAGAAAAAAGGAUAGAAAAUUAAAAUAAUGUGUUAUAAUCAAUAACUGAAGAUUCGAUAAUCGCAAUUCUGUUUGAACGAGAGCAAAAUCGUCCAAAUGUUACGUGAAUUUCUUCUCAAAUUCGUUCUCGCGAUGAAAUAAAGAAUGAAGAAUUAAAAAAUAUAAAAGGAAGCAGAAAAAUAAAAAAUAAUAAAAAAAAAAGAAAAGAUUUCGCAGCGACUUCGAGUCGACAAGCAUUAAAAAAAAAAACCAAACAAUAUGCAACGGUACCAAAAAUGCAUAAUGCAAUAAUCUAUUAUAUAUUAUAUAUAAUAUACAUAAUAUUUUAGUAUUUUUAUUAACAAGAUUAUUAUAUAUACCAUGACAAUAAUAAGGAAACUAAUUAACGUACAAAUUUGUUAGCCACGUUCGUACGGGGCACGCGAUAAUUCAAUCGCGACGCGCAAACUGGCGAAGGGAUAUGGGAUAUGAAAAAGUUUCGUUUUGAAGGGGUUGCGCGUGUGCAAAUGUAUAUUUCAUGAAGAACAAAACAAAUUUCGUAAUAUAUUCUAUAAACAAAAGAAAUAGAAUUUAGCAAUGACAAGAGUAAUUUUCUGAAUAUUUUUUUAUCAAAUUUUCUCUCACCAGUAAUUUAUUUAUUAAGAAAAAAAAAAUAACGAUAAUAAAAGUUACGAAAGAAUAAUGUUUAGUUCCUGAAAUAUCAGUCAAAUAAUAUUUUUCAACUGUUACGCAAUAAUAUCUUAAUUCAUUCAUUCAUUAUUGUUCUUAAAUAAUAAUAAAUUUUUGAAACGUUUAAAAAUUCAAAAUAUAAAAGUUGAUAUGAAAAAGAACAAAAAUAAAAUGAUAAGCUCGCGCAUACAAUUAAAUAAGAAUAAAAAUUAAAGAUAUAAUGUUCGAAAAAGAUUGAAACACCGGACAGAAAAAGAAUACAUUUGAAUUUAAUCUGCUAAAUUGAGAGAGCUUAAAUGUAAAUUCUGAUAAAUUAUUGAGAAUAGAGACUAGAAUUUCUAGUCGUACACAAUAUGCUUUCAUAAUCGAGUGAUUUUUUUUAAAACUCGAUGUAAAAAGGUUCGGCCAAAUAACAAUUUAUUAUAUAUAGCGUCAAGGUGUUUCUGGGCCUUAUCUAUCGGUGAUCGAUGCCAUAAUGAAUAACUUUCGAUCAUUAUGUACUUACUUUAAAAUCCAAGUCAUUGCAUGAUCCAUAAUGUUAUGUGUGAGAUUCGAUUUGUAAAUCAAUAGUUUUCAUUUUUUUAUUAGAUUUCCUGGUCGCUUCAUAUCAUUUGUAUAUAAAUUAAUUUUUAAUUAAUUUAAUUAAUAAAUUUCUAAUUAUUUAAAUAUUUUAUAUAUUUUUUUA